CACCACAAAAUCUCCAUCACAAACCAGAGCUUCAAAAGCACAGAAAACCUCUAACUAUUCUGCAUUAUCUCGCAAAAAAGAAGAGGAAAUCAAUUCUCCAUUGAAGAGGCGGCCAUGGCGUGUGCAUCGCAAGCCAUGUUAUCAUCCAACAGAUGCGCCUUCUGUUCGGCCAAGUUUCUCAAGGGCAGUCGUAAGUCCCAUAAAACAAGGCCACCUUUCAGCUUGGUCACCGUGCGGGCUGCAUCCGAGGACGACUGCAAUGAAGAAGAAUGUGCUCCCGAUAAGGAGGUUGGUGCUGUGAGCGGAGAAUGGUUAGCCAAAGAGAAGACCACGGUGGUUGGGACAUUUCCACCUCGUAGACGGGGUUGGACUGGCUAUGUUGAGAAGGACACUGCUGGGCAGACAAAUAUUUAUUCAGUUGAGCCUGCGGUUUAUGUGGCAGAAAGUGCAAUAAGCUCUGGAAAUGCAGGUUCUUCUGCUGCCGGAGCUGAGAAUACAAUCGCCGUUACUGCAGGCCUUGCUCUCAUCUCCAUUGCUGCAGCUUCAUCGAUACUCCUCCAAGUUGGUAAGAACCAACCCGCUGGAGUGCAGACAACUGAAUACACAGGGCCAUCACUAAGUUACUACAUAAACAAGUUCAAACCACCCGAAAUCAUCGAAGCUGCUGCGCCUAGUGUGAGGGAAUCUGCCUCAUCCGUAACAGGAGGAAGCUCGGCUCCAGAAGUUUCACAGAUUCAGGUUCAAGCUGAAAUUCAACCGAAGCCUUCAACAUCUAGCUAAAUUAUGGUGGACAGAUCUCUUUGAGAUGUUAAAAAGUUUAUUUUAAGUUUUCUUUAACGUUACUUCUCCGUAUAAAUGCAAUGAAAACUUGAGUAUGUACAUGGUCCAUGAAGCUUUGCAAUCUUCCACCUUGUUGAAUCAUUUUCCUUAAAUUUUAACAAAUAAUACAUACAGUAUUCA